AUGUUGCCUUUUGUCUGCCCAUCGAGCGGAAGACAUUUGUGGCCGACCCAAUUGCACUUCGUGUCCGUCUCCUCGUUGAAGAGCGACGGGUCAAACGCCUUUUUCAUCGAAACGUCCGGCAGCGGUGGUUUGAACAUCCGCCAGGCCUGCGCCGUCGUCGAGUCGCUGGCUUUUCACAAUCCCAAUCUGACUGUCAACGUCCUUUUCAUGUUGAAAUCGAAAUACGAAAAUGUUGAGUUCAUCGUUGCCGAUUUGGCCGAGUACAUGGCCGGCACGUCGAUGGAGAAAUGGUUCCACUGCACCGACUGGCGGACAGGGCCAUACCACGUCUCCCACCUGAGCGACGGCCUGCGCUUCCAUCAGACCCUGAACAAGUACGGCGGCUAUUACUUCGAUCUAGAUGGCAUCCUGGUCCGGCCCGUCACCUUUUACCGCAACUUGUUGGCCGCCGAGUCGGGCAGCGAAUUCGGAAGCAGCGUCAUUCACGCCGACUACGGACAGCAUCCCAUUAAUAUGCAACUAGCCGUCAACGACUUCCCCUCCAAUUACAAGUAG